CCCGGACACGUUUAUUACACGCGUGGAGAUGGAGGGAAAGCAGAAGAGGAUUGAUAGUCUUUUCUAGACAGUGGUGUUGUGUAUUCAGGGGACCUUUUCGAGAAUAAAGAAUAUCUACUACUACAACAAGUGAAAGAAAAGAAGCUCUCCUCUUCCAUCAUGAUGAUUUUCCUCGAGUGUCAGAGGCACGUUUCUGGGGUCGAAAAGGUCCCCUGAAUAAGCUGCGGGAAUGUGUUGAAGGAAGAGGGAAGGAGCGCUGUAAAACGUAACCUCCGCGACUGCCUUGACUGGAUAUCUGGGCGAUACCGGAGCUCUUCGUCUCUUCCUACCACAAAGCUGACUUCUCGCCUCGAACCAAUACACGACGAACCCCAAAGAUGAAGACCAAACUCCGCGCCUCCAGCCCCGUCGAGGUCGUCAAUCCGCUGCUCAACCCGCCGCCGCAAAUCAGCCGCAAGUACCAAGGCGCUCUCAGACGCCUACUUCACGCAAAGAUCGGCGGCGUGCGCGAGGAGGACAAGCCGCUGAUUCAGUUCAUCAUGCCCACCAUCAUCCGUGCCGCCAACGAUCCCCUCAUGCCGGACCCCGAUCGCUUCUACCAGGACCCCGACUACGUCCCUGACUACAAUAGCCUUCUGCGGCUGGUGCAGCAAUUGCGGGCUUGGUAUGAUGUCCGGCCGUCCUUCUGGAGAUGAAGGAACGGAAAGUCCUAUCC